UCUGGCUCCGUCCCUGCUUGUCGCCUCGCCUCUCCGUGCUCUCUGUCCAUUUUACAAAGUUCACCCCGUAGAAAACAAAGAGACAGAUCGAGGGGACACGAACCUAGGAAUUGAACCUUCCCAUAUAGAAACUGAAAAUGGCGAAUUGUUGCAGCCAUGUCAUUUCGUUUGUGUUCCUUCCCACUCUUCUUCUACUUCUCAUAUUCUUCUGCCUCUUCAGUACGACUCCAUUUGUGAGCCACAAACAGUUUUUCACCAUAACUCUCCCUUCUUCUUCUUCUUCUUCUUCUUCCUCGCUUUUGCGCCACGGGAUUGCCCGACUCAGCUCCUCACGUAUAUCACCAUCGCCAGCACCAGCACCCUCUCCCAUUACUGGCCUGAAAACUCAGCCAUCCAAUGAUAAUGUAGACCGACUGGGAAAGGUUACGAACACGAAGAAGGGAAGGAUUGCUGGCAGUCUGGAAAGGAUCGAGGCUGAUUUAGCAGAAGCCCGUGCAGCCAUUCGCAGAGCAGUUCGCACCCGAAAUUAUACCUCCGAUAGGGAGGAAACCUAUGUUCCGAGGGGAUCCGUUUACCGGAAUCAAUAUGCCUUUCAUCAGAGUCACAUAGAGAUGGUGAAGAGGUUUAAGAUAUGGGCCUACAAGGAGGGGGAGAGGCCGCUGGUGCACUCUGGGCCCAUGAAGCACAUUUACGGCAUUGAGGGGCAGUUCAUUGACGAGAUUGAAUUGGGCCAGAGCCCAUUCCUGGCCCAGAGCCCAGACAAGGCCCACGCGUACUUCGUGCCCGUCAGCGUGACCAACAUUGUCGAGUACAUCUACCUGCCCAUCACCACCUACGACCGCGACCGCCUCGUCCGGAUCGUCACCGACUACAUAAACAUCGUGGCCGACAAGUACCCUUACUGGAACCGCAGCUCCGGCGCCGACCAUUUCAUGGUUUCCUGUCAUGACUGGGCCCCGGAGGUUUCUCAUGACGACCCGGAGCUGUACAAGUACUUCAUAAGAGUGCUAUGCAAUGCGAACACCACCGAAAAAUUCAAGCCCAGCCGAGACGUCGCGUUGCCUGAGAUGAACAUAGGCGCGCUAACCCUCGUCCCACCUCUUCCGAGCAACAAGUCCUCUGGUGAACGUCCUAUCCUGGCCUUCUUCGCCGGCGGGGCACACGGGGAGAUCCGAAAAGCUUUGCUUGACCAUUGGAAGGACAGAGACGGGGAGCUUCAGGUCCACGAGUACCUCCCGAAGGGCCAAGACUAUUUCGGGCUCAUGGGCCAGGCCAAGUUCUGCCUGUGCCCCAGCGGGUACGAGGUGGCAAGCCCAAGGUUGGUCGAGGCGAUCCAGGUCGGGUGCGUCCCCGUCAUCAUCUCAGACCACUACUCACUGCCAUUCAACGAGGUCUUAGACUGGAGCAAGUUCUCGGUACAGAUACCAGUGCAGAAUAUCACCGAUAUCAAGACCAUCCUAAAGAGCGUACCGGACCGCGAGUACGGGAAGAUGCUGAGGAGAGUGAGCACAGUCAGGAGACAUUUUAUUCUAAACCGACCGGCGAAGCCGUUCGAUGUGCUACACAUGGUGCUGCACUCUAUUUGGCUAAGAAGGCUUAACAUCAGGCUACCAGUACCAUCUUAAGUUGGUUCGAGUUCCAAGUCCACACGACACCUGACUCCUCCUGGCAUGUAACUAAUGCCGCAAGCUUGAGAUUGCACAAUGCAACAUAUAUAGUCGAUUAAUUUACUACAGAGCACUGCCCCUCGCCGGGCCAUGCAUACGGUCUUGACUCUUGGGCCUCUUGGCCAAGGUUUUAUUCACUUCAAUAUCGAACUAUUUUUUGAUAGGCCUUCGAUUUUGAGUCUUCGAUGUUGGCUCGACAACAACAUAAUGACAGCUGAACAUGCGAUAACCCCCGUCUUAGACUCGUGCCCCGUAUUGUACACAGACGGAUGCGACGCGCCCCGUAUUCGGAUCGGCAUCGCCUGCUGUUUUUGUUAUCGUAAGUCAGUUACAGGGCUGCAACUUUUUGGCCCAUUUGAGACAGGCCCGAUGAAAAUCUCGAACGAUUGGGAUGCUGCCUCGCCACGAUAGUAAAGAAACUGUGUUUGUUAAUUGUUCGUGUCUCUCUGUGUUUUUUUUUUUUUUUUGGAUGGAAA